CGCAUCGAACUUAUCAACGUGGAUCAUGAGGCGGGUUAUCGGCGCUGGCGUCCUGCCGGUGAUGGCGCUGACGUGUGUGGUGGUGGUGGUGGUGGCUGGUGGGGUGCGUGGAGAGGGUGGUCAGGGCGAUGGGAACGGAAUCACGGGUGACAUGGAUAAGGGCAAGGCACCACAGCUUAACUUGGAGGUGGCGAAGAAGUGGAUCAAGUGGCCAGUUCCCGCAAAGCAGCGCUCCUUGGAGCAGAUGCAGGCAACACUGGACACAUUUCACAAGGAACGGCUCACGGACAUGUUCAAUGAGGACACCAUCGGCGAGAUUGAGGCCAUGCAACCAUCAGACUUGAUGACGGCCAUCAAUCAACACUUGGCCAGCGACGAGCAGCUGCGAGCAUAUGCAGAGCUGUAUGUGCUGUUCACCAAGUUCAACUCCCCUGAACUCCUUUCCAAUGCCGCUGUGCUCCUAGAACAGUUGCAUCAUCACGACGCAGCGCUGUUGUGGUACGAAAUCGGCCGUAAGAUGUUCCCUGCCAACGAGGCAUCAUUCUUGGAGAACAUGAAGAACACCAUCCAGCACUACGGCCGCAACCUCUUCUACACGGGGCAGUUUGAUCGUGCAAAGCGCGCUUUCAAGCAGCUCUUCAAACUCGUGCCAGAUUUCAAGACUGCGCGCUACAACUUUGCCAUCUUGCUCGAGAACACGGGCGAUGUCCCCGAGGCCGUGAACCAGCUCAAGAAGCUCCAGUCCACGGCAAAGACCAAGGAGGAGAAGCUGCUUGCGUCAUCGACCCUGUGCCGCGUCGCGCUUAGCAUGUGUCAGACAAAGGGCGCAGCCCUGCAAGCGGAAUCAUUUUCCACCCGCAAAACGUACUUUGGCAUCGCCAAGGACGCGUGCGCCGAAGCCUUCCAGCUGGCACCAGAGGACCCAACGCACUCGUACCACGACCCGGACAACGUUGAAUACGAGCACCAGCUCGCAGGCACUCUUGCCCGGUGUCAAGCGAGCAUUGUGGCGGUACCUUUUUCACGGUCGCGUCGACCUGUGCGAGGAUUCGCGUGUCGGCGGCCGUGUUGUCUGCUACAUGCCCUCGGCAUCAUGAUCUCGCCAAUGGCUCCAAACCACAAGAUCGCCAAGGAGCUGAUGGUGGAUGCAGUCGUGCGUGCACCCCAGACCAAACCCGCCCCCUCGCUCGUCAACAUGGGCCCCUGCUCCUCCGGGUCUGAUGCCUGGACGGUCGCCCUCGGUGCCGGCGCGUCCGCUGUCGCCGCAAAGAGCGACGUCAUCUUCCCGCCAACGGGGACUGUUGAGACGCGUGUUCAUGGCAACGCCCCCUUUGAUCUUCAAUUCCCAGAUAAAACCACUUACCAUGUCGUGUUCGCGCCGGCAGUCGUUGAAGGAACGGGCGCCGUCAUCACCAGCGCUUGCGAAGUCAUUGCCAUGCUCGACGCAAACACAAACUUGCCGGCCGAGUUUUCGCCAACACGGCGGCCAGUCGAGCACGUGCCUGGCCACACCCUCUACCUCCUCCACUCCAAGAUGUCAAACUACUACCACCUUGUCGCGGAGGUCCUGACAAGGCUCGCUGUUGCUGCGGAUACUGGGGUGACAGGCAGUGUUGAUCGUGUGUUGACACUGUCACAGGAGCAAGCCCCGUUGCUGCACGAUUUCGCUGCUCUUCUUGCCCAGUUCACAUCGUAUGACAUGAGCGCCUUCAGCGAUGAGGACCGCACACUCGAAUACGACGUCGCAAAGAAAUACGAGUUUUCAAACCUGCACGUCGUGUCGUGGUCGCACCCUGACGGUGUGCUCGCUGACGACAUCGACAUGUGGGACAGCUUCCUUCCAUCAAAGAGCGCCGCCCAUCUCCUCAAUCGUGUCAGUCGCGACAUUGUCUCGCGCGUGCGUGCAAGCGGCCAGUCCCCCGUGGGCGCUGCUCUCCACAGGGACGCGCACAGGCCCAAGGUCGUCUACUGCUCGCGAACUGGGAUCCGGUCUGUUGCAAACGAGGGCCUGUUGAUUGAUGAGAUGAAGGAACACGCCAGUCUCUUUGACUUUCAUGUGUUCUCCUCGCCACCGGACCCGCUGCUGAUGCCCGGCUCCAGCGUGCGCAACCGCCUCCUCUACCAGAUGGAUCUCUUCAACGACGCCGACAUCAUCAUCGGGCCACACGGUGCUGGGCUUGCCAACGCCAUGUUUAUGAAGCGUGGGAGUACGUUGGUUGAGUUUAUCAUGGAUCCCCACGGCAACCGAUGCUUUGGCUAUCUCGCCGCAGCCCUUGACCACACAUACUACGCCGUGAACGAGGUGACCUCGACGUACUUUGGGUCGUACACCAUGACGGAGGAGGCUGCCCACACCAUCACACAGCGUGUAGUCUCCAUUGUCAAGGAACAGCAACAACACCACGACGAGCUGUAGCAGCACGCCAAGCAAAGCAAGCCUGCGAGCAGAGCAAGCAACUGUGGCUCACUCUGUUCGAGUUUUCAAUGAAAACGUUCACCAAUA